AUGCUUUAUUUGGCACUCCUCCUUGCUGCUACUUUGCAGUUAUCUCGGCCACGGUCUGUGCAACUUGUGGCCGUCCAUGACAUAAAUAAUAGACUGAUACUUGGGAAACACGUUUUGUUCUAUAGGCUCUUAGCUUCGGAAGCAGAAGCAAGUACAGUGUGCUACGCCUUGCAAAUUCAGGAAAGGCAAGUCUACCUUGUGGCUUCUGAAGACAUGGAUUCCCUAACUUUUGAAGCACCUAGAUUUCUUCGGCAUUUGGUGGAUCCCAGCUCAAGGAAAAUCCCGGUUAUGGGAUUUAAAAUUCCAAAGGUUGCUCGUGGGCCAUCUGGAAUUGCAAAAAGAACUAUGGGCUUUGAAGGUCUGACAAAAGGAACAUCACAUCUAAAGUAG